CUAGGGAACGUGAACACGUCAGUUUUUAGUUUAUAAUAUUAUAAUAUUUAUAAGCGAAAAGUUCAGUGUCCAGCGGUCGCGAAUCCAAGUCAGCAGUGGUGGCGAUGUCCACAGGGACUACCAGCACACCCCAUACCGUUUAGAAAACCAAAGCAACCAGCCCGAUCAAGUCAGAAAUCAGCGAAUAUAAAACGCAGACGGCGCCGCAAGUUGACCAAAAACGGAGUCAAAUCCAUAAUAGCCGAGCUAAGAAGACGCCGCCAGCUGAAGAGAGGGGGCGGUGUGCACCGUAGAGAUUACCAGCUGCCACGCCAAGCAGAUCUGACGUGCGUGUCGCUAGAGAAUCAACUCCAAAUCACGCCCACACUGGUUUUGUGCGGCCAUCGAAGUACACGUAGCAUUCGGCAUGGCCUUGCCAUUGAGCGACCUCCUCAUGUUGGGCGGCGGCGAGAAGAAACUGGCCGCCUGCCUGCUGCUCCUCCUCCUGGAGCUCUUCCUCGAAGGCGCCGAGGCGACGGCGAGUCCGGCGGACAUUGAGAACCAUCUGGAGCUGGGCAAGGAGUUCCUGGCCCGCGGUCAGCUGUCGGACGCCCUGACCCACUACCAUGCGGCUGUCGAGGGCGACGCCAACAACUACCUGACGCUCUUCAAGCGUGGAACCGUCUACUUGGCCCUCGGCAAGACCCGCUUUGCCGUCCAGGACUUCACCAGGGUGCUUGAACUAAAACCAGACUUCACGGCCGCCCGUGUGCAGCGCGGUGUGGUGCACAUGAAGAGCGGCGAGUACGAGCAGGCGAUCGAGGACUUUGAGCAAGUGCUACGCGAGGAACCCAACAACGGGUUGGUGCUGGAGCACUACUCCCGCUUGGCGCCCGCCCAGGAGCAAUGGCAACUGGUGCAGCAGCUGGUACUGCAUAGCGACCAUCAAAACGCCAUUUCCAUGAUCACACAGCUGCUGGAGAUCUCGCCGUGGGCGGUGCCUUUCCGGCAGGCCCGCUCGGAUGCCUACAUCGCCGUCAACGAUCCGCUGUCCGCCAUCGCCGACCUGCGACAGGUGAACCGACUGACCCAGGACAGCACCGAGGGUCACUACAACAUCGCCCAGCUGCUGUACACCAUUGGACACGCCACCAAUGCCCUGAAGGAGAUCCGCGAGUGCCUGAAGUUCGAUCCGGAGCACAAGCUCUGCUUCCCGUUCUACAAGAAGCUGCGCAAGGUGGAGAAGCAGCUGGUGAACGCGGAGCAGGCGCGCGAGGAGAAGCAGUUUGCCGAGUGCAUAGCCGCCGGCGAGGCGGUGCUGCGUCACGAGCCGGAGGAGACGAUGAUCCGGUACGAGGGCCACAAGGUGCUCUGCAAUUGCUACACCGGCGACGAGCAGUUCGGCAAGGCGCUGCAGCAGUGCAAGGAGGCCCUGGAUAUUAUGAAGGAUGCCCAGGUGUACUGUGAUCGUGCCGAGGCGCUGCUGGGCACUGAGAUGUACGACGAUGCCAUACACUCGUACCAGGCGGCACUCGACCUGGAUGAGAGCAACACGCGCGCGAAAGAGGGCAUUCAGCGGGCCAAGAAGCUGCAGAAGCAGUCGGAGCGCAGGGAUUACUAUAAGAUAUUAAACGUUAAGCGCAGCGCCAGCAAACAGGAGAUUGUGAAGGCCUACAGAAAGGCGGCGCAGAAGUGGCAUCCCGACAACUUCCGGGACGAGGAGAAGAAGGUGGCCGAAAAGAAGUUCAUCGACAUUGCCGCCGCCAAGGAAGUGCUCACCGAUCCCGAGAAGCGACGCCAGUUCGACCAGGGCGAGGAUCCCCUCGAUCCCGAGGCCAAUCAGCGCGGCGGCUUCCAUGGCGAGCAUCCCUUCGGUCACUUCCAGCACGGAUCGCCGUUCCAGUUCAAGUUCCACUUCAAUUAGUCAGCCAUUUGCUUUGUGAUGUCCUAGCCGCGAUCCCUGAUAUCCUUCGACGAUUUUACACUGUUUGUUUUGUUCACUUGAAUGGCGUGUAAAUAGUAGCAUAAAGCAUAGAAAUCCAAUCCCCCAGAGAGUACCACCCACACAAAUCGCAACAACACACACUGAGCACUUACAUUUAAUUAGUUUAUUUAAUACAAUACAAUAAUUAUAAUGUAGUACAUUUUUCUAAUUAUGUAUAAAAAGAAUUAAUAUGCGAAAACAAGCAAUUAAAGACUUGCAAAUUUGAACUGAAA